CCAGUACUCCAUGAUGGACGACGAGGAGGAGCUGCCCCACCACGAGGAGCGAACGUGGUACGUGGGGAAGAUCAACCGCUUGCAGGCGGAAGAGAUGCUGUGCGGCAAGCGGGACGGCACCUUCCUGAUCCGCGAGAGCAGCCAGAAGGGAUGCUACGCCUGCUCCGUGGUGGUGGACGGGGACACCAAGCACUGCGUGAUCUACAAAACGGCCACCGGCUACGGGUUUGCAGAACCCUACAACCUCUACGCCUCCCUCAAGGACCUGGUCUUGCACUACAAGCACACGUCCCUGGUGCAGCACAACGACUCCCUGAAUGUCACGCUGGCUCACCCGGUCCUUUCCCAGCCGCCAGCCAGAUGAGCAGCUCACGCACCACCCAAGAGCUGCCUCCAGCUUCUCCCCAGGGCGCUGCUUUCCGGCUCUGGACUCUCGCACCCUGUAUAGUCGAGUCUCUGUGCUCCUGCCCCUCCAGAGCCUCUGAGAUGUCCGUGACCGUUCCUGGUGUCCCUUUUGGUCAGUACCUGAAACCCAGUUGGUUAUGGGACAAAAAAAGCUGGGCUGUUGACUCCCAGUGGGCUCCAGCCUCUGGGAGGUGGGAUCCAGUUGGGAUUGCGUCACUGUGGGUGAGCACAGCCCCCUCCCCUUCCCCCUAAGCAGGUCAGAUCCCCCUCUUGCUGGCAGGUCACCCCGCUACGCACCACUGUAGAGCUAGAUUCCCGAUCCCUC